CCUAUAAGAACGGUGGCACACUCGCCCCGUCCUCGAUCUGUAUUCUCAGCCAGUGGCUACCAUCGCAGCUCCUAUCCCCUUGGUCAGUCAGCUCCUCGCCCUUCCCUGCCACCGCCACCAUGUCGGGCAACAUCGCCUUCGGCCGCUUCGAUGACUCCUUCAGCGCGGCCUCCCUCAAGGCCUACGUCGCCGAGUUCAUCUCCACCCUCGUCUUCGUCUUCGCCGGCGUCGGCUCCGCUAUCGCCUACACCAAGUUGAGCGGCGGCGCGCCUCUUGACGCGGCCGGCCUGGUCGCCGUGGCGGUGUGCCACGGGUUCGGGCUGUUCGUCGCGGUCGCCAUCGGCGCCAACAUCUCCGGCGGCCACGUGAACCCCGCCGUCACCUUCGGCCUCGCCCUCGGCGGCCAGAUCACCAUCCUCACCGGCCUCUUCUACUGGAUCGCCCAGCUCCUCGGCGCCAUCGUCGGCGCCGUCCUCGUCCAGUACUCCACCGGCGUAGCGACCCCGACCCACGGCCUGUCGGGCAUCGGCGCGUUGGAGGGCGUGGUGAUGGAGAUCAUCGUCACCUUCGGCCUCGUCUACACCGUGUACGCCACCGCGGCCGACCCCAAGAAGGGCUCCCUCGGCACCAUCGCGCCCAUCGCCAUCGGCUUCAUCGUCGGCGCCAACAUCCUCGUCGCCGGCCCCUUCUCCGGCGGGUCCAUGAACCCGGCCCGCUCCUUCGGCCCCGCCGUGGCCAGCGGCGACUUCACCAACAUCUGGAUCUACUGGGUCGGCCCGCUUGUCGGCGGAGGCCUCGCCGGCAUCGUCUACCGGUACAUCUACAUGUGCGGCGACCACGCCCCCGUCGCCAGCAGCGACUUCUAAGCGCGCGCCGAGUGACCGUCGCCGUGCAUUGUUGUUUGGUUUCUCUCAAUCGUAGUGUUGGCCGCAUAAAGUGAGAUUCAGGCUGUGAUGAGCAGCAUCCAUUGCAGCAUGUCGUUGUUUGGUUCGGAUCAAAGCCCCGGAGGCUGUGUGCGUGCGCUUGGAUGAUUGGUUGGCCAUGUUUAUUUCUCAAUUUCCUCCUUUUCUGUAAUGUGGUGAGUGUGAAGUUGGUGGGGUUCAAGAACCAGUGCGCUUCCGUUGACUUUUUAAUUUAUUGCACGAUUUGCAGUACAUUUUAUUCA